CCUUUCCUUUUGAGCGCGUUAAAAAACCCCGCUUUGGGUACCGCCGGAGAGCAAACCAUGCCCCAGCGGCCCCUUGAGUGUGCGUGUGUGUGUAUGUGUAGAGAUACACGACGUCGCUCGGCCAAUCGUAGCUCCUACUAGCCUUGGCGAGCUCGGGCUCCGCAGAAAGCUGCAGGCGCGGCGGGUUUGCCUGAGUGUGUGUGUGUGUGUGUGUGUGUGUGUGUGUGUAUGCAUGCCUAGAGAUAUUAAACCCUCAUCAUCCUUAUCAUCCUCCUCAAGGAGGGGGCCGGGAGGGCGAUUUUCCCGGAGAGGAGGAGGAGGAGGAGGAAGAGGAAGAGGAGGAGGAGGAGGAGGAGGAGGAGGGGGAAGAGGAGGGGAAGCAGGCGCGCACCGAACACAAAAGAUUCCGGGGUUGGGUCUGGCAGAAGGAAGCGGCGCUCUCCAAGCAGCUCAACCCCCAGCCCGCCCGGGUGGGCUGCUGCUCGCCUCCCCCCGCCCCCCCAGCCGCCUGCUCCUCUUGGGGAGGCUGUGGAAAGCGGGGCUGCGUCUUUCCGGCUCCCGACGCCCUGAGAAGCCAACCCCAUCAUCACCUGUCAUCCGGCGGCUACUCUUCCCUGGCGUCGCCUUCCUCCCUGGCGAAGAGGCGAAGUCAAGCCUCCGGAGCGCCUUGAACUGGUCCAGGGAGAGUGGCGGCGGCGGCGGCGGCAGGGACUCGGGGAAGGCAACCAAGAUGUCCCUGCGUUGCUCCAAAGGCUCGGGGCUCGGCGGGCGAGAAGCCUGCGGACCGAGUGGAUCCCCGCGUUAGGGUCGCGGGGGCAGGAGGAGGUAGGAAGGGGGGUCUCGGUGUGGGUGUGUUCUUGAGCCUCUCAUUGCGGGCGACCCUUGGCGGCUCCCCCCCCCCACCUUGCUUCCUCCGGGCAUCCUGGCAAGCGAGCCACCAUUUACCAACCAUUAUCGGGAUUCUUGCAAAAAAAUAAAUAAUAAUAUUUCGGAUCGAAAAGAGAAAGAGAGAGGGAGAGAGAGAGAGAAAGAAAGGGGUGGGAACAGACGAUCACCUUUUCCACCGCAUCCUCUUCCAAGGACUGGACCUAAACCGUUGCCUGCCUGGAGGUGUUUUUAAAGGCCUUUCUUUCAUUUGCUGGUUGGACCUUGAUUUCCAAGACCUUGUGCUUCUGGAAACCGAGUCUCCUUAAACGCUUGGACAAGAAGGAGAGAUCCGUUGCUGAUCUGGUGGUUCCAAAGGUGGAAUUUUUUUUUUUUGAAGGAUUCGCACAAAUGGACUGAUCCCAAUGCCCAGCCACGGAGAGGGCACACUUCUUUUAUCACUUACCCUUGCCUUGUUGGGCACCUUGUUGAUUUGAAGUGGAGCCUUUUCUUCGCCCCACCCUUGACAACCCUCUUACUCCAGGAGUGAAUGAACUGUCCAAGGUUGUUUAUUUCUGGACCCAAGUCUCCCCUUCUCCCCUCCAUCCCCUCCAAUCUGUGACUGAUGACUUUGCCUUCGCUUUCCGUGUAAUUGCUGAUAGCAAUUGGUGUCCUCUGAUACCCGCCCCCCCCUGGAGCUGGGCUUUCUCUGUAUGUGAAGAUGCCCAUGGUGUUUCUGUGAAGCUAAGGUAUGGCUGCUGGAAGAUUGCUACUUUAUGCUGGCCUUUCUUUAGCUUUGUGUGCUCUGGGCAUGCUAGCCGUGGCCAUCUGCUCUGACCACUGGUAUGAAACGGAUGCCAGGAAACAUCGGGAACGAUGCAAAACCUUCACCACGCGGAGGAAUGACCCUGGCUUCAUUUAUAACUCUAACAAUAACCUGCCCCUCCGGGCCAGUAGGUCAAAGCUGGACCAUUGGGAAGGGAAACUUCUCCUGGCAAGAAACAAGAGGCAACUCUUUGCCAUGAGUGCCGUUGAUGAGUGCAACAGGCAAUAUAAUUCUACCAACAUGGGACUUUGGAGGAAGUGCCAUCGGCUGGGAUUUGACCAAGAAGUGGAGGAACUCAUUGCUAAAGGAGCCAUUGACCAAUGUUCAUACAUCAAGUACCACUACUCCUCAGCAACCAUUCCUAAGAAUCUAACCUACAACAUUACUAAGACCAUCCGUCAAGAUGAAUGGCAUGCUUUACAUUUACGCCGAAUGACAGCUGGUUUUAUGGGCAUGGCGGUGGCCAUCAUCCUAUUUGGAUGGAUUAUCGGGGUGCUGGGCUGCUGCUGGGAUCGAGGCCUUAUGCAGUAUGUGGCAGGACUUCUCUUCCUCAUGGGAGGAACCUUCUGCAUAAUUUCACUGUGCACAUGUGUAGCUGGAAUCAACUUUGAGCUCUCCCGAUACCCCCGGUACCUGUAUGGACUCCCUGAUGACAUCAGUCAUGGCUACGGCUGGUCCAUGUUUUGUGCAUGGGGAGGCUUAGGUCUUACUUUGAUCUCUGGCUUCUUCUGUACCUUGGCCCCUUCCGUUCAACCUGUCCCCAGGACCAAUUGCCCCAAAUCGAGACCUGAGAAUGGGACAGUGUGCUAAGACAAGUACAAACAAGCCUAUAAAUAUACAUAUUAUACAUAUAUAAAUAUAAAUUAAUAUACAUAAACAUAUAUUAUAUAUAGAUCUCAAACAGUUGCCAGUGCCAUGGUAGAGUGGAGUCCAAUGGGGCUCCUACAUCUUCUCUACAGCUUUGUAUUGUUCUUGUUAUUUUUCCUGGAGAAAGGAAUAGCUUUUCUGCAACAUUGCUCUUCCAUUCAGCUCCUAAAAAAAAUAUCUUCAGCAUCCCACUUCAAACAUCAAAUGAACAUCUGUCUACCGCCAGUUGGGUGUGAUGUGAUAGGGAAGGGAAAAGGGUAUCUUGGUGUAUAAGGUACUUUUACAAGGAGUAAAGAAAACAACAAAUAAAUAAAACACUGUAUUGGGGAAACAUAAACAGUAAAUAAAUGAACCUCUUUAGUUACCUCUCUAAAAUUUAACCUUCUCAAGGUCAUCUUCAGAAUCCCUCUGUUCACAUAUGGAUUUUUUUUUCUUUUAAACCUUGCCUGUUCCAUCAAAGAGGAAUGAACCAGAAGAUUAAGGCAGGUUUCCCUUUCUUUGCUAAACUUUAAAAAAAAAAAAACAGCCAAGAUUCUUACAGAACAAAACUUCAAGUGAGGAUCCUUGAGUGGAUGCUUUAACCAUGCUGUUUUAACUUCCCUCUGCCUUACAGCCAGGCUUAAUUGACAAGGCUAAACUGUUGGCAGAAUUGCAAGAGAAAGUCUAACUGAAAUGCUGUGAUGCAUAGUGUAUAACUCCCCUUCCAGCCCACUUUUUUUUUUCAAAAAAAAAAAGAAAGAAAGAAAGAAAGAAAAGUAAACCUGGCGUUUCCAUGUGAUCUUCUACCAAAUUCUCCUCACUGUGAUUGCAACAAAAGGUGUCAAGACUUAUGCAUGGAUGAGGAAAAGCCAGUUUGGAGGCUGCACAUUUCAUGGUCUGGAUUUGGUUCUGCCUCUGAUCUCCCCCUUGCCUUGGAACCAUCUGAAUCAGAACCAUCUGAUGGUGGAUAGAAGAAGCCAUUGUGGGUGGUAAGGGGAGGGAAUGUGGGCGUUGUGGUUGUUUGAUCGUCAAGUUGGCUGUGCAGGAGGAGUCUGGACAGAGAUUGUCAUUGUUGUUAUGCCAUUGUUUUGUUAAUUACAAUCAUUUGGGUAAAAGCCAUUGCAGUGAUGGGGGAAUUCUGAAGGAAUGGAAAUAAUAAGGAUUGUAAUACACGGUGCUCCUUCUUAUGUCCAUGUGCACCAAGAACAGAUGUCCGUGCAGUUAUCAUAAACUACCUGAUUUUCUGAGCCUUUUACUUGCCACCCAGAGAUGUUUGCUAUGAGAUAGGUGGCAAAUAAAUUCAAUAAAUAAACAAAGAUGAGAAAACAUGUAGACCAGAAGGCAUUGAAAAGGAGAGAAGGGAAUUCCAUUCCUCAUUAAAAAAAAAACAAAAAAACUUUUGAUUGUGAUUUGAUAAUUCCUCCACAGGGGUAUUAGUAAGGUGUGGUUAAAUAAGUCAAACUGAUAGCUGAAAUGUUGUGAUUGAAGAUUUGUUUGUUUGUAUGUGUAUCACCCAUUAAAAAUGGAUGGAAUUUCAACACACCUUUGUGGCCAUCAGUUUGACUUUGCCCACCGAGUGUGCCCCUACACACACAUACUUUUCAUCUGUUUCCUCUCUUCUCCUUAUUUCUUACUAUUUCCCCACUUAUUUAUACCUGACUCCUCCUGUUAAAUAUUCGUGCUAAAGAUCUGGAUACAGUUAAGGUAACGAAAAUAACAACUUAUGAUCCAGAAAAAAACUGGGAUCUGAUUAGUCCUUAUAGAGAUUGGCAUAGAGAGGAUAAACAAGACAAUGGAGUAGACACACAAACUAAUUGCAUAUGAUAAUGAACUUCAGAGGAAAAUAGUAGCGUAACAUUGGAGGAUGGAUUUGCCAAAACAAAUGAACCACACUUCUAUUUUUAGUACCUCGUGACAUAAAAUAAAACUACCAGUACAGAAGUAUCCUUUCCUUUAAAGACAAAAAGCAAGCACAGAUAGCAUAUAAACAGUCUUUCCAAGUAUAUUCUGAAGUAUUUAACCCAUGUAGCAACAUCUUCUUGAUGUCUCUUUUCAUCGUAGCUACACAUGCAGAUAAACCAUGUGGUUAUAAUGUGUGGGUCUACCAUUCAGCCUUGGAUUAACCAUUAAGCAAAGGAAGCACAUGCUUUUAGGGGACCAAGGGAAGGGGCCACCACAUCAUUUUUUUUCCUCCCAGUUAUCAUGCCUUUAAUUCUUUCACGGAUGCAUUUGACUUUAGUUUUCAGCAUUGAGCCUUAAUGUGUCAGUUAAGCAGUGGAGGGGCCAAGGGCACCAUAUUUGGGGCUGUGCUUAGGGCAUCAGUUGGCUUUAAUUCAGUCCUGCUACCAUACAAAGGAAUGAACUGCAUAAUUUCUCUCCACAUCAAAAGCACAGUUUUGGGGUGCCUGUAAGGGCAUUCCCACUAAUGUCAGAUUCUACCUCUGGACCCAGAAUUUCAGUCAUGCCACUCUACAUGUGUCUUUAAUGCUGAUGAAUCAGAAACUUCAUGAAAGAACCCUUCAGAAAGGACCCUGCAUUAAUGGGGGAAUGCAAAACUUGGUAGUCUUGUCACCAUCCUUGUUUUGCAGUUAAGGUGGGGAGGAUUUUAAACACUGCUCAAGGAAGAAAUAGCAAAUAUAUAUUGAAGAAGUUGAGGGAAUAGUAGUAAGGUGUAACAAAAUGGAGGAGAGAGCCUGGGCAAUGGAAAAAUAGGAUGAAGUUUUCCAGUCAAUGGGAAGUAGCUUGCUCCACACCUCUCCUCUCCAGGAGAUGUUGCAAUGUUAUCUUCAGCAGUGAUGGACUCAGAAUUAAUUGGUUCAGUUGCAGAAGAUCUCCCUAAGACUGACAGUGAAUAAGGGGGGCAGUGGAAUGAUGCUAAUCCUGCAUCAGCCCAGCCCAUGUAAAUAACGUUUAUUAUUUAGUGGAUCAAAUCUCAUUUAUUUACUGAAGCAAUUGGAGGAAGAUGAUCUUGUACAUCAUGGAUUUUGUUGAAAUUAAAUUGGAUUAAUGGAGAGUCAAGGCAUGCCAUAGGAAUAGAGGGGUGAGGGAAUCCCUACAAAAUUGAAGUCCUUGUAUCCUUUCCUUUGGCUGAAGAAAACCCUCAAUGCAGAUUUAGAUCAUGCAAUGGAAAAUGAACAAAAAUGCAAAGAAUAUUAUAAUUGCUUCGGAGCACAGCAAUAUAGAAUUCAAUAACAGCAUAGAAUAUUUCUGAUGUGGAAGCAGUUCUUCUAUCCAUUCUCUAAAGCUACAGGCCCAAUGCCUAUAUUUUCCAUAAAUUCAGGGAAAUUAGAAUCUGAGUAACAAGGUCGGCCAAAUCUCCUGCAACUCAAGCUCAGUCCUAGUGACUUACUCCCGUUUCCUUGAUUUUAACUGCAGGAGGUUAAAAAAAAAAAUGUAAUUGGUGCUGCAGACAGUUUCAGAAGCAAAGCAGAAUAAAGGAAUUGUCAGGAAAAAAACCUUUAAUGUUGAAAAUCUCAGUGGUUAGAUAAGAGAUCAGUUAGGAAUAUGGGUCCACCACUUUCUUUUUAAUGUUGGCAGAAAACCAGAAUAUAAAAACUGGAAUAAAUAAAUGCCAUUCUGUGUGCCUGCAAUUGAUGCCAGACUUCUCCUAUCUAUUACCAUCCACCUAUUUUAAGAGUUGGCUAUUUUAAGAGUUGCAUCCCAAGGUUGGCUUCCUUAAAGAAGGAUUACCUGUGUAUAACACAAGGUAAUAGGGUUAGGAUGUUUUUGGUUGAAUUUCAUAAGAUGUUCAAUCACCAAUAUUGAAAUAAGAGUCAAAUGGUCUGGGGGGGGAAAAAACUGGAAUUCUGCAACCAGGUUGAAUGAGCUGAAUUAUUUGUGUCUCUCAGGAGAUGGCAGGAAACUUUGAUUCUGCAUGUUAGCCAUUACUAUUUUUACAGAAAAAGUCCAUCAGUUGAGUGCCUUUUUUCAUACAUUUGCCAUUUAUUCAUCAAUUUACUACUUUUUAAAAACAUACAAAAUAUUAAAAUGAGAGGAUUUUUAUGUUUUCUCCUUAAAUAACUCUAUUUUAAGAUCUUAAUGUGGCAUCUACAAUAUGAAAUAUAAGUCUUGUGGCACUUUACAGACUAAACGUAUUAAGGCAUAAGGAGUAAUGAUUCCUCAGAAUGUCAGCCAUUGAUGUGCUGUAGAGCAGAUGACAAUGUCUUGCAGGUCAUCAGAGCAAAACGUCAGGACACUCACCAGGCCCAAAUGAAUUAUUGGGACAGAACACGCCUCAGUACAGGGUACUGUCAGUAAAGUGGUCUUGCUAUCUUUGGCACAGCAGCACAAGAAGUCUAUCCUUGUACAAAAUUUCAUUCUGAGGAAAACUAUUUUCAUGAAGAAUUCAGAGGAAAGGUGGCAAAAGUCCUUUUGGUUCAAUUGAUGGGGCGUAAUCUACCACCAGUAUUUUUUUUUUAAAAUAAUGUUAUUAACAAAACAAAAAUAAAAAACUAAUGCAAACUAAAAAGAGAAUAAAAAUCAAAAAUAGUGGAAAAAGGAAAAAAUGGAAAGAUAAAUGAGAAAGAAAAACAAGAAUAUAGUUUUAAAAAAAGAAGAGAAAUAUAUACUGAAAUAACUUUCCCCUUCAUCAUAGCAAGUAUAAACAACUUUAAUAACUUAUCACUUUCUCCUAAAAUACAAUAAAUGAUCCCUUCUUCCCAAAUCUCAUCUCCUAUGCUUAAACAAAUCCUUAAAAAUUCCUUGUUUCAGCCCUGAUCAGCCAAACCCAUUAAGUUACCAGAGAUAACAACAUAUCUAUUUUAACCUUGAUCAAAUAAACCAGCUUUGUAUUUCUUCCUUUUAUUUAAAAAUCUUGUUCUUUGGUCACUUCAAAUAAUGUCCUAAAACUGUUUCAUAAUAUAUUUUAAACACAGUCUGUCUACAGAAGCAGACACUCUUAAAAUUAAUUUCUGGGUUGAUUGUUCAAAACUAUCCUUCAGCAUGUCCAAUGUUAAAACAUUUUUGCUUCAUUCUGUUUUAGUCAAAUGUAAGUAUUCUUCUCCCUUAAUUGUAAUCUUCUGUUCUUUCUGGUUCCUUCUAGUGUCCAACCUUCAAAAUCUCAUCUUGUAUAUAUAAGUAUAUUUUAAGAGAAUUCAAAACAAAAGCAAUUUCUUACAAGAAUUCUUAUCAUUAAUUCUAAAAAUUUAUUUCCAAUCUAUAUGGCCCCAUGCUCCAUUUGUAACUUUGAAAAAUCAAAGUUCUAAUCACUUUUUUAUUGUUUAUUCAAAUAUAUUUUUUAAGUUUUUAAAUUUGUAUUUAAAACUUAUUGCACUGAAGACUGAAGGAAAUUCACCAGUGCACUAUCAAUCCUAAUAGCUGAAAAGCAGUUAAAAAGCAAUUUCCAAAAGUGAUUGGAAAAAGAAAUAUGUGAAGAAAUAUGUGAAUCCAGUGUCCUUUUGAAUAAGUAAGAUGGCUCAUUCCAUCAUCUUCCAGAGCUCUAAACCUACCAGAGAUCACUGUCCUGUGGUCUUCUUAUAAAAACCAACUAUCUGGAGCAGUUAUGAGUGAUCUCAUAUCCUCUCCUUGUCCAAAGAGGAAUUACCAAGACUCAGUCUGUUUGCUGACUCUUCAUUCUACUGUGGUUUCUUUUAGUGAAGCUGUUUUCAGUUCACUAUUUCUUUUCCAGAAGGCUGGCACCUCUAGUAAAUUACAAUGAUGAUUACCACUACUCUAAGUAAACUCUUACGAUAGGGAAGUAGACUAAUCUAUCCCUGGCAUUUAAUAACUGAUAAAAUAAUAAUAAUAAUACAUAUUCAGCAAAACUAAAUCUAGGUUUAAAAAACAUUAACUAGGUGGAGUGAUUUUCUGAGAUGUUUUGUAUGGUUUGCAAUACCAAUUACAUACACUAUGGAUUAUGCUGAAUAUUGAAGAAGUAGGAGGUCUCAUUACACCUGCAUAAAACUUCCACUUCACAGGAGCUGCAAUACAUAGCUUAACACUCAAUGCUAAAAUAGGUGAAAAUACAAUCCUAUGAAUUCGGUUGUCCUUACCUGUGACUCCUCGGGUUCAACCUGCGAAACACAUUGAACUUUUAAGAUUUUCAGGCAGCUAGUAUGAAAACUUAGCUUAGAGAUGGUAAAACUUUGGAAAGGUAUUGUUGAUGAUGCUACCAUGAAGCAUGAACCUCAACAAAGAAAAGAAAGAACUAAAAUAGAUUUAUUAGACUUUAAAAAGUAAAGAACAGAAAGUUGCCGCCUCUGAUCUUAAGAAGUCACAGAGUGUCCUCUUUCACCUUUUCCUUCUCACAUUUUUCCUAAGCAAGAGCUCUAGGUUUAAGGCCUUCUGCUUUCUGUUUGCAUAAUUGUUUCCUACACUGUAGGAACAUAUGAGCAGCUGCUCCUAUUAAAUACUGCAUUUGGUCUGUACCUAGUCUGGUACCCUGCUAAAGGCAACUCUGAUGAGAAUAUAUUUUAAUUGAAGUGCCACCAUGAAGUUAAAUGAAAGUCACAGAUAUACUUGUAUAUGUGCAUAUUUGUAUGUAGAUGUAUAUAUGUAAUUUUUGAAGAAUUUCAAAGUGUUCAGGUGACCUUAUAGAAUAUUGCUGUUUGGCUGAAUGUGUUUAAUGAUGAAUCUGUGACCUCCCUUGGUUUCUUUGGGAAAAUACUUUACAAUGAAAUCAAAAUGGCCACCCGCCUUUAUCUUAAUCAUAACUGGGGGGGGGGGGGGGAAGGAACUAAUAUUGUAGCAUGAACCUGAAAUCUUUGGGAUGUAUAGUAUACAUCCUAUACUGUAGUACACUACAGGUUCAUUUUAAGGAUUUCAUAGUAAAGCUGAAUCUACGCUACAAAAUUUUAAUCAGAUUUAUGCUAGUUUUUUAUUGCUUCUCCCAAACCAUUUGGGAACUGUGGUUUAGUGAGAGUGUUGAGAUGUCUGUGUGAGAUUCCUAUUCUAUAUGGCCUUAUUUCAUAGUGCAGUUAGACCUUACUUUGAGAUGCUGAUGAAUAUCACCAAUUGUUUACUGUAGUGGUAACUUACUAUAGUGGUAAUUUACCACAGGGUGCGUAUUAGUCAUUCUGUAGAUGAAUUGACUUAACUUUGAUCAGGUAGGAUGAGGUUCAUGGCUGUCCCAAAAUAUUUUGUUACCAAAAGCAGGGCAAGAUGGCACUAUUAUUUCUUUCUAUCUAGGAAAAACCAAUUGGAAUAGUAUUUGAACUUUACAUGGGCAAUGAACCAAUAUCCACCCCUGUUUCUGAGAAUAGCAGGUUAAUAUAGAGUGCAUAGUUCUAUCAUUCAAGAGAAAGUAAUCACUGAAAAACUAUUAUUGUUGAACACUCAGCAAUCCCUAACAUCUGCUUCCAAAGACAAUUUGCAUUCUAUAAAGGAGCUACCAUUUUCAAGCAUAAUCUGUAUUCCCAACAAUGCCUCCGUGUCUGACAUGGAUCCCAAAGUCAUUCCAUAGAAAAUAAAAAUGCUAAGAGUCUGCCACUCAAUGUCUGGAAGUGAGCCUACCCAUCCAGAUGAAAGGAAACAGUAAGCUAAGCUAUUAUGCAGAAAAUCCUAGGAAGUCAGAAUUAGUGGUAGUAAAUCAGUGUUUUGUGAUUAGCUGUGGCCACCAUAGCUGUCAUGCUGAGAAAGUUCCCAAAGCAUGUUGUUAAAAUUACAAGGGAGAUCGGUUGUCAAAAAAGAUUAUAGGCUCUUGUAUCAACAGUUUAUAAUUUAAAAACUGUAUUAACUUCUCCUCAAUAUCGUUGCUCCUAAAUACCUCGCUCAACCAUUCCAAUUUUUAUUUAUCUCUCCAAAAGUGCUGGGACUCCUAGAAUUUCCAAAUAACAUUUCAGUUGGCAGUCCAUCUUGCUAUUCUCCCCUCUUGAGGUAUUCCAGCUGUAAUCCUUGUUCUUGAAGUUCUACAAGGUUGAAUCUGGGUGUGCAGCAGCUCACAACUGCAAUUGUUUUUCAUUAAGAGAAUGCAUACCUCUCACGUUCAUUAGGCAAAGUCAUAUUUGCUCUGUAUUGCAGGGGUUAGAUCCCUCAAAAAGACAAAAGUGUAAGUUCUAAAAGUUGUUCCUUGCAGUUAUUCAAAUUUUGGAGGCCCUGUGGAUCAUAGGUACAAUUCCACUUUUUUGAAAAAAAAUUUAAUACCAUUAGCUCUGUCUCCUUUCUUUCACUCCCUCAUGAAAUGCUUUAUAUAAAUAGGGAAAAAAAUCUUGUUCUAUGUUUCAUUUUCAUAUCAGUACCUUCCAGAUGUAACUGGUUUUUUUUUUAAUCCAAAUGCCUGUAAAAAUAUGUACAAACUUAAAAUUGUGAAUUGGAGGGCAGGGGAAGGGAAGGGGAGGGGAAGGGGAGGGGAAGGGGAGGGCAGGGUUUCAGCCUUGGUGAAUUCAACAGAUGAAGCAUCCUAAAACUGUCUCACUGGUUCUUCCUCUUUGUCAGUGAGACAAGAGGAUCAGGAAUAUUGGCGCCUCCAUUGUUGUUCCUCUUACUGUAGAAGUCACUGGUUCUAAGCAAACUGUUUGCAUGUAUUGCUGUCAACAGGAACAAAAAAAAAAAACCCAUUGUCUCUGAAAGCCUUGUAAGGUCUGUGUGUCAUAAUAAAGUCAAUGUUAUAAAAUUUAAUGGGGAGAAAGUCAGAAAGAGAGGUUGAAAUGGUUCUUUCCAACACCUUCUUUCAUUGCAAGUCUCCUAGCAGCAAUUCCAAGUAUCUUUUACUCUUGGGUUAUCCGUCCUCAGCUUCAUCGUCCUUGGUCAAGAUGCACGUUUGCCAAAAGAGGUUUUGUCCUUGUUUAUCUCCUCAGCAAGUGACCUUACGGUGCUGCUGAAGCAGCCAAAAAUGAAAGUUUUUACAACAUGCUUUUAACUUGGUUAAUGUUUUUCUCCAUUCAUAGAAGGCCACCGCUGCGGUUUUCAGUUAAUAACAAACAAUUAAUUUAAUUAUUGACUGAAAACCAAAUUCUCACAUUCCAGGAAAGGCGUGGCUUCUAGUCCUCCAAUUCUGCCAUCUUGCAGCCUAGCAGCGUGUCUAGCCUUGCUAUUAACCCUAUCUCAGGAAACAAGUUUGGAUGUUUAAGGAGAGGAAAGAAAUGACAAUCCUUGAUGGCAGAACAGAGUUGUGUCUGCUUUUGCACUCUGCUCUGUGUCACCUGAACUUGAUUGCUAAUUUAAUGUGAGAUGGUUCUGUCACUACUAUUGAAGGAUAAGUCAGCUGCUGAUCUAGUCCUUUGUCUUCAGGAAUCACACUUCUUGAGUAAGUCCCAGCUCCAUUAAUAUAAGAAAGUUGCAACCAUAUGGUUGUCUCGUGGGGAGAAUUUUAGAAACGCCACACUUAAUCUGCCCUUAUUCUUCCUGUCAUUUCUCGCUAUGAUUUCUAUAUUAUUCUGUCAGGGGAAUGUCAUAAGAUUAAAUGACCAAUUUUAAUUUUAAAUUAAAAUACCGAAGUAACGUGAGGUGUCUCUCCAAGUUGCACUUAAAUCAAUGACCUAAGGCUGAGUUUAUAGUUUUGGUGGAUUCUGAUUUGGGAGCCUAGUUAGUAACGCAUGUGUGAAACUCAAGUUCUUUCCCUAGCUAUGUUGGUUUUUACAAACAGGAUCAUUUUAAAAAAUGGUGCAACGCACACAUUUCAGUGGUCUAAUUUGCCACCAUUUAAGAUCAGUUAUUGCUUUUGCUGAAUUUACAAUUUUAUCCUGUGCAUCCUGAUUAAGUUAUACCAAAUGGAGCAUAGAUGGGACCUGGGUUGCAUCCAGUUCUCCCUUAACUACUAUGCAAUUCAAGUAGCCUUUUCUUGUUUUUGUGUUCAUACUGUAACCACCAUCAUUUCCCAAAAAUAUAUCAGAUGGAAUACAAUUCAGUCAUUAGAUAUGUGAGUUUGGGAGCUCACACUUUGUAUCUAUGAUGUUGUCCACUUGCCUCUUCUCAGUGAACAAUCUUCAGUAUGAUUUUUACAGAUUCUUUGAAAGAAUAGAAUAGAAUAGAAUUCUUUAUUGGCCAAGUGUGAUUGGACACACAAGGAAUUUGUCUUUGGUGCAUACACUCUCAGUGUACAUAAAAGAAAAGAUACAUUCGUCAAGAAUGCUUCACAUCAAAGUAACUUCCAAUGCUUCCAUUGAAAACAUUUUCUUUUCGCAUUUAUUUCCUACGUCUUGAAAGCCACAUUACAUACUUUGUAAUGAAAAAUAUGAGAUGUGCCCAUGUAGAAUUCAUUUCUUCAUUGGAUCAGAAUUUGGCUUCUUAACUGGGUCAGGGACUGUUAAUUCCAACUAUAAAAACCCAUCAAGAUUUCUAUUCUUUUGAAAUAAUGCAGGCAGCACUCUCUGUCUGUCUACUAGACUAACUUACUUUUGAUUCAGUGGGGCACACUCCAAGUAAAGAAAUUCAAGGUCAACACAUUGUCUUCUUUGUAGAAUAGCAAACAUAAUUAUCAAAAGUUAAAGAACACCUACAAAUAAGGACAAUGACUUAGACACUUUAUAGCCCAAGGGGCCUGAACUAGCAUGAGUUACUUAUGAUAUGUCUGAACUAACAAAAGCAACUAUUGCAAAGGUUUUGACAGUGCCAAAAACUGUGGGGAAUCCAAAUCUGUCAGACACAAUAGCACACGAAAGCAAUUUAUUUAUUUAUUUAUUUUAAAAAAUUCCCCUGCCUUCCUUUAUUACUUUACAGGUAAUUCAAGUGUCAGGGAAUAUACAUAACACUCCUUCCUCCUCCUAUUUUUCCCACAACAGCAACCUUGUAAGGUGAGUUGGACUCAGAGGGAAUGAUUGGCCCAAGAUCACCCAGCUAGCUUUCAAAUUUAAGGUGGGACUACAAUUCACAGUAUCCUGUGAGUUAAUGAUGUGUUAAUUAUCCUAAUUAUGCACAUUUAACUGUAAGUCAGUGCUACUGAAUUCAGUUGCCUUAAUUCUGUGUAAACAGGAAUGUGCCCUUAAUGUUUUAUAUUGUGGACGCGUAACAAAUAGAACUGUGGUUUUGAGGAUUAAUUUGUUUGGGUUUUUUUUUAAAAAAAAAGGUAAUUUGAGGCACCAUUGUUGAAAUAUGGUGACCCUCAACAUCUAAUUUGAAUAAUAUUAAAAGCAUAUAAAUAACAUUUAUGAACUGCCCUGUUACAAAAUAUGUCAAAAAUCAGAGACAAUUAUCUAACCUUUCAGAAUCAGAAAAGAAUAUCCAUAUAUAAUCAAAGGAAAAGAAGGAGUUUUGAUCUGUGCUUGAAAAUGAGUUAUAGAUGAGAUGGUUGAGGAAGUUUUUUUACAGAAGAAACAAGAAAGUUAAAAUAUCCUCCUCAUUUGUUGGCAUUUAGGAUUCACCUUAUGAGAAAUGGAACAAUAUAAUUUACAGACUAGAUUUUUUCAUACAUCGGAACACAAGAUACACUAAUUUUGAAUAGAGUGGAUUGUCAAAAGUGAUCCCUUCUGGUCUCUAAAGAUCUCCCUCUUGCUCUCAGAUCUUAUCUCCGUUUUUUAAGUCAUACUCCCACUCAUCCUGUUUCUAAAUAAGUUGAUGUGAGAUGCAGGUUUAUCUCUGAAAAGUUCUCACUUUUUGGAAAAAUGCUUGAGUAUCCAUAGCUGAGCUGACCCAAAUAGCACAGUACACAGUGAACCUGUUCUUGGGCUCCUUGCAAUGUAGAUGUGAAUGAAUAAGGCCGUGAUUGCUAUUAUAUAAAUUUUAAGAGAAACUUUGCAAGUUAUAUGGUCAAACUAUUCUUGGAUAUUUUUAGAAUGCAUACAUGAAUACUUUUGCAGGAAAUCAUUGGCGUUCUGCAUAUAGAAACCUCCAAAUCAGACAACAGCUUUCUGGUAACAAAUUUCUAAUUUGUCAUACAUCUCCACAAUCAUUCUGUCCCUCAUGUACACCUCCCCCUCACAUACAUGUACAUGCACACAAUACACAUAUGUGAAUUUACCACUUUAAUGUAGGCCAAUAAGAGCUGUGUGUCAAACCGCAGACCAAGAAAUGUCAAUGUUUCAUCUUCAGACUUCCUGUCAGUCUGCUAUGAAGAAUAGUUAAUCCUUGGUUAUAAGGUAAUAUUCAAAGUCCCAGCAUAUCUGCAGGCUCGAUGAAUGCAAAGAGGAAUAUACUUGGCAUAUCCCAGGAUUAGAGGUCAUAUCUGAUGUUGUGAGAACUAAGAUGGUACUCCGCAUUUCCGUUGCCAGGAAGUUAACCCUUUCAUAUAUUUUGGGCCUCUCCCAUAUUACCCAGCCAAAGGCCUGUUACCAAUUAGCUAUGGAAAUUAAACACCCAUCAUGGCUGGAAACACAAAGCUGGGGGAAGCUGAUCUAAUAUUUAGGACAUUCUCACAUGAUUGUAUUUGGGACCAUUCAAUAGGCACGUGUUGAGCUCAACAGGAACUCUAUCUUGAUUCAGCACAUUCAAAACGGAACUGCAGGAUUCUGCCCACGAUUUCAUGGUACUAAAAUCUGAAUGCCAUCAGCUCAGUUGUGACUUCACGGUUACCACUGAUUUAUUCAUGUCUGGAAAAAAGCCAAAAUAUUUAAAAGAUAGAUGGUGUAUAUUCACAAAUCGCUUCCAACUGUGUUGAUUUCUUUCGUGCAUUCUAAACACUUUGCAACUUACAAAGAUCAAUAAAGACCAUCAGUUAUAUAGAAGGUUCCACCAAGACAAAACAAUGUUCUGCUGUGGAUCUGAGCACUGGUAGUUGCCAACCUCCUGAAAUGUGUAUAUGGUCAAUGAACUCUGUUAACUUUAAUUGACAACAAGCAUUCGUUUUCAGUUGUGUUUCUUAAAUGCAUCACUGAAUGAAACUCUGAGCUAAUAAAGGAAUAAAUUAUGCACAGCAAACCUCAAGAAAGUGCUGUCCGUCCCUCCGCACCCACCCACCCCACUCCUUUCUCCAAGUCAGGUCUGUCAUUCAAUUCUUCCCUGGUUUGCCUUUAACUUCAGCAUUCAUAGCACAGGUCAGAGUAAUGUUCCUUGAGUAAACCCUGUUGGUUAGACUGUAAUGCAUCUUUUCUGGCUUCAUGAAAUGCAAGUAGCCAAAAUGGCUUUUGGUGCUAAAAAAAAAAUAAAAAAUAACAUGAAUUAGUAUGUUUGAUUCUUGUUCUGAUAUGAUGUGGAUAACUGUGUUGCUUGAUCUUUUUACAGCUAAAGCUCCAUCUUAGUGCAUCUACUUCUUCACAUUACUGGGUAUAACAAUGAUAGUUGUAUGCAGCAAAGCCCUCGUUUGGCUUUCAGUUCUUGGUCCCGCAGAGAUUCAUCAGGGGCCUUUUUGUUUAUUAGAGCAAUAGAGAGGAUUCCAGGAAUGUUUUAAAAGGACAUGUGAAUUUGGGGGAGACAUACAGUAUUUCAAGAUUUUUCCCAGAAAGGGAAAAAGAAGAAAGGGGAAAAACAACAACAACAAUGGAAGAGAAUGCUGAGUAUUAUGGGGCUUGAUGGGGAUGGGUGGGAGGAAAAGUAAACAAAACUGGCUGCAUCUUGCUUUUUUAAUUUUUUGUUUUUCUUUUCAAAUUCGCAGGACAUUCUGUAAUUCCACUGAUUUACAAUAUUGUCUGGUAAUUAAGCAAUUUGUUUAUGGAAAAAAAAGAGAAAAAGUAAACUGUCAGUUGUGGAAUGUAAACUGAUUAAACAAUUAAAUAAAAGGAAAUCAUGUUGUGUGUUUUAA